UGUGACACUUAUUCAACAAGACAGGCGCUAAUGCUUGGAGUUUUGUUUCCUUUUUGGGCCAUUCACAUCGUUCAAUGUGAUGCUGAACAAUUGCGAAUACUCCCCAAAGUAGAAAAAGACGAGCAAAUCAAUGAAGAAGGAACAACCUUAACACUCACUUGCAUCGUCCAAAAUUUCAGAAGAACUUUGGAUGAUUCAAUCGAUCAAAAAUGGACACUUCCACGAUCUGAGACGGAAGCGCAAUGGGAAGGGGAAUCAAUUGAAGGAACUCGACAAACACUAGCAAAUCGACUGAACAUAACAACUUUCAAAAAUACAACGCACCGGAUUUUGACGAUGACUUUAAUUGAUUUAAAAGUCAAAGACACGGGCUAUUACAGAUGCGAAGGAACGAUUCCUUUGUACGGUCGAAAACGAUUCGUUUAUGUCUCCAGUACCGAAAAACUUAUUUUUAUAACAAAUGGAAAUUACUAUGCUAAUUCCAUGUCAGAAAAAGAAAUAAAAAACGACAAUAGUCGCACCAUCUCUUUCGUGACAACUCAUCCGAACGUCAGCAUUUCACUUUUCAAGGAUGGAACAAAACGGGAUACGUACCUCGAGGUUUGGAAUUCCUCAAACAAAAAUUCGAGAUGGUCGUUUGAUCCUAGAAAUGGAUUGACGUUGCAGAAUCCAACCGUUUUCGACUCGGCAUUUUAUUAUGUUUUCGCCCAUUUGCUCUUUGUUAACGGAAAACCCGUUAACAUAACACUUUCCGACCGUUACGGACAAAUAACGAAACAGUUAAUACGCAGAAUCUUCCCAGUGGAUCGGAUCGACGUUAUCGACGAGAUCGAAUUUCAUUUAGUUGUAAAAGGCAAUCAGAAUUGUGACAUUACCCUCGUAUAAAACUUGUCAAAAUUG